GAGUUGGAGAUGCUCAAGAGCAAAUACAUUCUGCCUUUUGCCUGCGAGCGGCCCCUUCAGGAGGGCAGCAAGAGAACCCAGUUGGUCCCUUGGGAGCCCGAAGGACCCUUGGAUAUGCAGCUUCAGGGAGAUGCUGCGGAACAGGUCGCAGAGCCGCUCGCGGUGGAGAUCGAGCAGAUCCAGGUUCAGAUCAAAGCCUGGGUCCAAAACCAGUUGCCCUUGGAGCUCUUAAGCUUUCGCGGACGACAGGAGCCACAGCAGCUGCUUUACCUGCGAGAGACUCUAUGGGAGUUCGGGGCACUUGGAAUGGCGACAGUUCGGCCCACCAUAGUCUCCAUCAAGGUGAGGAAUUUAUCGUGCCAGAAUUUCUGGGUUGGCUCACCUCUUGUAUUGGUUGGCCUUCGGAUGCUGUCGUCAAGCAGAGCUUCCCCGUCUCAGCCAGCACGCGUUGCAGGGCCUGGUGGCUGCGUCCCACGAGAUUUGGGUACGAUUGGAGCGGAAACACAAGAACACCAAAUUAG